AGUGUUCGGCGAACGGUUUUGGCGGGAGGAAGUAGCGUCCUCUCUCUCUUCGAUUUUCUCUCAAAAUGCCCAAAAGACCGUGUCCCUUCGAGGAUUCCUACAGUCCUCAGAUGAAAUUACAUGUAGGAGCCAAGGAGGUCGAUAAUGGCGUAAUGAGGAGUGAAAAAAUGAAGGCGGUUUAUGAUCGGACACUGAGUCUGUUGUACAGCGGUGCUAAGAAUGUGAUGAACAACAAUACAGUGGAGCGAAUGGAGACAGGUUUUGAAGUGCAGAAGGUGAAAGCUGCCAACACGCUCCACCAGAUGUGCCUCACUGCUCAAGGAACCCUUGCUAGACCUCAACCAUUUUCCAAGAAUAUGGAGAUGCAACCAAAGAACAGAAGCUCAUGUGGUCACAGUCCAAAUAUACUGCUGUCUGUUAUACCUUCGUGCAGUUACUGUGAAAGCCAACUGUGUGAUUCAUGCAUUAAGUCUUGUCACUUCUGCCAAGGAAUAUUCUGUCCAAAGUGUUCAUUAACUGUAUACCAAGAAGAAGAAAAGGUUUUGUGUCUCAGCUGCUGUUGAAGUACUCUCCUGGGUUACAAUUGUAUUGAUAGAAAUAUGUAAUUAUUUUGUUUUUAUUAUGUACCUGUGACUUCCCAGAUUUCAUGUGAUAACAUUUGUACUUGUGAAUGCUUUAAAGUAUUUUGUCUGAAGAGAUAAUUACUAUGAAUUUGAUCUGCGAGUCCUUUUCCAUUGCCGUUUGUUUUAGUUGAUGUUUGUAGAUUACUUCGGUUGAUUGUAUUUUAAUCCUCAGGGUACAGAACUUGCAUGUGUCAUUAUGUGGUUGAUUAAGAAAGAGAACAUUUAUUAGAGUGAAUACGCGUAGUAAUCUUUUAGACAUUAAUAAAUAUUAAAAUGCAUUAU